UUGCCAUAUUAAAGCAGCCAAUAGGGAGGCGGCUGGCCGGCGCCUGACGUCAGCCGCUGGGCUCGCGCUGACUCUUUGCAACAUGUCGGGGCUACUGAAACUGGACAAUGCGCUCAGGACCAAGGUGGAUGCUUUCAGGGAGCGAAUGACUGCUGAAGCAGAAGACUUAGUUGCAAGUUUCUUUCCAAAGAAGUUAUUGGAACUAGAUGGUUUUCUGAAGGAACCCCUCUUGAAUAUUUCGGAUUUGGCUACUAUUCAUUCAGACCUCAACUUACCUGUGCCAGAACCUAUAAUGCUAACCAACAGCCAUGAUGGUUUGGAUAGUGCACGCAACAUUAAGAAGAGAAAACUGGAGGAUGGUGAAAGUAAUUGCCCAGGUACAAAGGUAUUUGUAAUUCCAAAUGGAAUGCUGAAGAGCAACCAGCAGCUGGUUGAGAUGAUUGAGAAAAUAAAACCAGAAAUCAGGACACUGAUGGAAAAGUGCAAUACGGUUAAAAUGUGGGUUCAGCUAUUAAUACCAAGGAUAGAAGAUGGCAACAACUUUGGUGUUUCUAUUCAGGAAGAGACUGUUGCAGAACUUCGAACAGUUGAAAGUGAAGCUGCUUCAUACUUGGAUCAGAUCUCCCGAUACUACAUUACAAGAGCAAAAUUGGUGUCCAAAGUAGCUAAGUAUCCCCAUGUGGAAGAUUACCGUCGCACAGUGUCUGAAAUUGACGAAAAGGAAUAUAUCAGUCUUCGGUUAAUUGUUUCUGAACUGAGAAAUCAAUAUGUAACAUUACAUGACAUGAUCAUCAAAAAUAUUGAGAAAAUCAAACGACCCAGGAACAGCAACACAGAUGCACUGUACUAACGUGUGUGCUUCGUGAAUUGGAAUCCGACAUUUGUAACCCCAAAUAUAAGACCGUGAUUGCCUUGGCUUUGUUACGUGAGAUUGGUCUUGUUGAGAUGGAAAGAAUGGAUUGAAAAAUGAAGCACAGAGUUCGUUCCAUUAUAGUGAAAUAGCUGAAAAGGGAUUUCCAUUCAUCUUUUAUUUUUGUGAUGUAUAGAGGUUUUUAAUCCUCAGGAAUUCUUUCACAUUUUUCUUGACAAAUCUCUUUGUAAUGUACAGUAUUAGUGAUCUUAGCAAAGAAUUCUGUUUAGAGGCACGUUUUAUUUCAUACCAUGGUAUUUUUCUGUUUCACAUCCUUCCCUCAUUUAAAAAAAAGUUAAAGUUCAUGAAAGAUGAUGUAUAAAAUAUCCUGUAAAUGCUAAAUGAUUAGUCAUGUACAACUUUUGCAUACAGGAAAAUACCCAGAGAACACCAGCCACAUGUUUGCAGGCUGCAAAUUGUAGAAAGGAGCACCUAUUGCACCAUAUUUUACGGUACACCUACUGACUGUCCACUGAUCACCUGUGAACAUUUGUUUUUAAAGAGAAGUAUUUGAAAAUGUUCUUUUAAAAUAAAAAGUUGUGCUGUAUGCUUAGUGUGAACCUCCAUAGUGGGGAUAAAUGAAGUUAUAAAUUCUACGUAAAUUACGUAUUGCUAUGAUUUUUCUAAUUACCCUAAAUUAGGAUACUGAGCGUUAAUUUCUCCAGUUUAACUUUUUCUGCUUCCUUUUCUUGUGAAGUCACUUGCAAUUUUAAAACUCCAUCUCUGCGCUUAGCUAAGUACUGUCCCUGUUCACUACUUAUCUUGCAAGGGUUGAGAAUGUUGUGCUCAUUAGUCAAGAACUUGUGGGAAGGAAUGAAAAUCAAAAAUUACUGGUGAGCCCAAUUUUCAGACCAUGACUACUACAAAAUUAUAUAAGACCUAAUAAAACAUUCCUCCUAGAUAAUGUGUGUUGGGACCUCUGCCUGAUGGUGUAUGCAGUAAUUUUUGUAUUUUGUAACCUGAUUGCCCUGCACAGCGCACAGUUACAGGAGCAUUGCGCUGAGAGCUACAGAACAAAAUGUGAUGACUUAAUGAAAGUUGAGGUAAUGUUGUUAUCAUACAAGCUAGUCUGCUAGGUUUAUACAAUCAAUCGGCAUUAAAUUAAAAUGGAUUAAUUCAUUUUUAACUGUAAUUUAAGAAUACCGCUUACUCAUUAGAUUUGUCCUUCUAACCCUUCAUUAGUUUGCUUUUAUUCACUUGCCUUGUUUUCUUACCUUAUCGUUUACCACCGUCUUUGCACCAAUGUUUGCUGAAAAUCGAGGUAACCAAAACCAAGUGAAGUACUAAAAUAUGAUGGUGGCUAAGAAACGCAAACCUUUUGUUAUUGAAUAUACGUUCUGCUGAAAUCAUUAAAGUCUCCAGCAAAGAAAAAUUGUUUUAAAUGUUGAUAAUGUGACUUGCCCAUGAUUAGCAGAAGAUGUUUGCCAAGGGAAAUGUGGGCCUCUCGCAAAAAAAAAGCAGCUUCAGUGGCGUUUAUCUCUGCCAGGACUGCGCUGACUUUUAACAGUGCUGUUUAACAUCUGUUACAAAAUGGUUGACUCCUUCAGACAUGAUCAGUAGGUUAGUAGGAAGCUGUCUCCUGCAGCUAGUUUUGUUUUCAGCAAUGUAAGUGUUGUCCUAAUUUAUCCUGAAAGGAUUUGUAUAUUGAGGCCACAUGGGAUCCUAGGGACCUGAGUGCACUUCCGAUGGCCCUCCCUGCAGACUUGAAUAGGUUUUUGCAGUAGAGCCUGUUUUUAACUAACAGCAUGUCCAUACUUUCUAUUUUUCCCAAAUGCGUUCCACAGCUGCAAGUGUUAACCCAGUAAUCUGUGGUUUGACUGUGGGCCUGGAGCCCUUCUGUUGUUGUUGAUUUCUGUCACUCUUAUGAGUAACAGGUGUCUCUGAUGUUCUGUGUCACUGCUGAAUACUCCUCCAGAAUCACUUGACUAACUUAAAAUGCUUAAUUUUCAGAAUGAACGUCUGCAAAAUAAAAGGUUUUUAGUGUAGAACCCACAGAAAUAAAAAUAAAUAACUUGAACCGUGGGUUCCCAACUGAGUUAAAGAAAACAUCUCUCAUUCUACUAAUGGGUACAUGUUUUUUCAUUACUCAUUCAAAUGAAUAUGAAGUACGAUAUAGGAGAUGUAUUUCUCUAAGUAAAGCUUAUUUAACUGAAUUCUGCAGCCUGGAAUUGUCAAAAAAAAAAAGAUCCCAGACAGCUGCUUGCUUUGGCUUCUAUUUGAUGUAAUGAGGAAGCCUUGUUUUCCUCUAGUAGAUGCUAGGGGAGCAAGAAGUGUGCAAGAACAAGCCAUUUGCCCCCAUCCUUGUAAAGAAGUACAAAGUUUCCAUACUAUCAUGUCGCAGUGAGAAGGAUGCUAUCACUUUAUGGCACAACACAAAGUACACAAACUCAGUGCAUUAGGAUUGGCAGCUUCUUAAUGUUUUAGUUGCCUUUUUAAAAGCCGAAAGAACAGUUUGACAAGUUGAAUUUAAUUUUGUUAGAAAUGACUGUGUCCUUACCGAGCUGAAGAAAUGUAUUUUGUAGACAACACCAGGCAUGCUUCUAUACAAGUUUCCACUGGUAUAAUCAGAUACGACUUUAUUGUGGCAGUAUAGUGCUGUUACUGUGCUUGAUCUUAAUCCUGUAGUACCACAUGUACUUCUUUACAAUGUUUUAAUCAGUGCUUUUUCUUGCCCCACAAAGCACAAUAAAAUCGAUUCUUUGAGUAGGACAGAAA